AUGUUCAACUUCUAUUCCAGUCGCAUGGUAUUCUUUCUGUGGGUGUUCUCCUGGGUGUUCUCCUGGGUGAAUGCGGCCAUCCGUCGCUAUCAAGCAUGGAAAUACUUGCUCUACGGAAGGGAGAUGAUCCGGGAGAAGGCGGCAAUUGCUGGAGACGCACCAUUCUCCUUACCUGUUUUCGGCUUUGGUGGUAGGAUGCACAUUGUAUCGACAGCUGAACAUUGGGAUGACCUGAAGAAGGCGCACGUAGGGCAUCUUUCGAUGCACUACUGGGUCAAGGAGAUAUUCCAGCCCAAAUAUACACUCAUAGACGAAUGGCAUGACAACAGAGACGAGAUUGGAAUGCCCGUGGUGCGCGCUAUUCGCACGAUUACUAGCCGUCUUUUUCGACAUGCUCCCACUAUCAUGAGGGUCUUCGAACGCGAGCUCCGAGUGAAGAUCCAAGCUUAUCCGACAUCCGAGGAUUACUACAAAGUUGCAUUGGCCGACAUGGCAAAGUGGGCAAUGGUCAAGGUCAACACAUUGAUCAUCUUGGGAGAAGAUACCGCCAAUGACCCAGAGUUUAUAACCAGGGGUUUUGCGUAUACCAAAGAGAUGUCUAUGAUUGGAGAGAUUGUCAGGAUUGUCCCAGCAUUCUUUGCUCCCAUCGUCGCCAGCGUGGUCAAAAAGCGGAACCUGAACCAGCGAUAUGUGCUUGAUACCAUGAUGCGACUUGUCGAAAAGAGGCGAGACGCAACAAAUGGCUUAACAAAAGAAGCGCUUCCUGAGGCGGAAACCAUAUUGGAAGCCUUGGCUGAUCAAGGCCCGGAGCUGUCAACCCGUGAGGUGGUCCAUCACAUCAACAUUUUUUGGACCACGACCACCCACUCUACUGGACUUGUCUCCGUCCAAUUCAUCAAGGACAUCUAUACUCACACGUCGCUGAUUCCGGCAUUAUUGGAAGAAAUAGAAGCAGCUCCAAGCACGCCCCCAACUUCCACGACAGCGAAUGAUUGUCUAAUGGAAGGAGUGCUCAUGGAAUCCAUGAGACUCCACUGUUUCCAGUCGACUGCAAUUCAUCGAAAGGCUAUCAGUCCUUUCACAUUCUCUGACGGCUACACCAUACCAGCAGGACAGAGUGUGCAGUUCUACCAAGAGAGAGUACAUCUGGAUGAGAACCGGUAUGGCCAGUCUACCACCUUCGAUCCUCGAAGGUAUAAAGGCUCGUCUCGCUCGGUCACGGACGUGGGGAUGGAAUGGCCGUUUUGGGGUGCUGGCAGGAAUGCUUGUCCCGGACGGUUCAUAUUCUCUUAUAGCGUCAAGAUAUUUGCGUCCUUCUUGCUCAAGAACUACGAUUGUGAGUUGCCGACGCCAAGGAAGAAUUGGACAUGGGGCGAGAAUAGUAUCCCAGAUUCGAGGAAUUUGUUACUCAUGCGGCCCAAGAAUGUAGAGAAAUAUCACAACUAG